UUUUUUUUCAGCAGCAUUCAGAUUAACAGAGUUGCUAAGCGACCAGUCAACAGCAUAACAGAUUCGGAAGGUAGCAGAUGCAGCAAUGUCUUCCAAUUUCUCAGCCAACCAGUACGAGGGCACCUUCGGAUCCAAGAGGCUUCUGAACUGGUGUCCGUCUAAAGACUUUAAAGAGCGACCCAGUGCACACGUGGGUCACACCUCCUUCAUUGUGAACAGCAGGGGUCAUCUGCUCCCAGGGGUGAAGAAAGGCAUAACCUGGCCAGAUUUUAAGGGCACUUGGGAUUUACCGACUCGUAUCCCAGCCAACCACAUCGACCCAACUGCCCGUUCAAAGGACGGUCUUAGGAGACUCAAGUUGUGGGGAAUCUGCCCACCAGAGGAGGGAAAAUCCCAAUCAGGCAGAGGCAGCAGGAACACAGAUGUUGGGAAGAAGACCAGCGAGGACGAACCCCCGCCUGCUGCUGACCCGUCUAAAGAAGCUGAAAUCCCGUCGGAGUCUCAGAGCCGCUCCAUUGCUGGGAGCCAGGGCUCACAGAGACAUGAGACUGGAUCUGCUGCUCAACAAAACCUCCAAGCCACACAGAAGGAUAAGCCAAUAAGUGCAACUGAAGAGAGUCAGGCUUUGAUAAGUAGAGCUGGCAGUGAAACCCAGGAGAUACCAGAGUCCAUAUUGGGAACGCCACACAGAAUCAUAAGGUACGGCGCGACAACUGUAAUGAAUAAAGAGUAACAUUCGAAACAUGGCAUUCAGGGAGUCAGAGUACAACUUAUUGCAGACUAUUGGGGCAUUUGGAGUCCAAUACUUUUGGGAAUAUGUAAUGAUACUGUACCUGACUUAAUCUGUUUGCAGAGUUUCUCUCUCUCUCUUUUUUUCAAAUAAAGUGUGAUUAUUAAUACA